AUGAAGACGCAGUGGAAGGUGCUGCUGGGACUGCUGGGGACUGCGGCGCUCGUCACCAUCAUCACCGUGCCCGCCGUCCUGCUGAGCCAAGGCAAUGAUGCUGAUACUCGCAGGACUUACACUCUAAGUGAUUAUUUAAAAAGUACUAUUAGAACAAGGAACUACAACUUGCGGUGGAUUUCAGACCACGAAUAUCUCUACAGACAAGAAAAUAAUAUCUUGCUAUUCAAUGCUGACCAUGGAAACAGCUCCACUUUCUUGGAGAACAGUACAUUUGAUCAAUUUGGAUAUUCUAUAAAUGAUUAUUCAGUGUCUCCUGAUAGACGGUUUGUUCUCUUAGAGUACAACUACGUGAAGAAAUGGAGACAUUCCUACACAGCUUCAUAUGACAUUUAUGACUUAAAUAAAAGGCAGCUGAUAACAGAAGAAAGAAUUCCAAAUGACACACAACUGAUCAGUUGGUCACCAGAGGGUCAUAAAUUGGCAUAUGUUUGGAACAAUGAUAUUUAUAUUAAAAAUGAUCCAAAUUCGCCACCUCAGAGGGUCACAGAUGAUGGAAGAGAAGAUGCAAUCAGUAAUGGAAUAACUGACUGGGUUUAUGAAGAGGAAAUCUUCAAUACCCACUCGGCUCUGUGGUGGUCUCCCAACGGCACAUUUUUAGCAUAUGCCCGGUUUAACGACACCAAAGUCCCACGUAUUGAAUACUCUGUCUACCUUGACGAGUCACUGCAGUAUCCAAAGACGGUGCACCUUCCAUACCCAAAGGCAGGAGCUGAGAAUCCCACUGUAAAGCUCUACGUUGUUAAUACUGACAACCUCACCAAUCUCGUUCCUGUGCAAAUCACUGCUCCUGCUUCUGUGUUAAUAGGGGAUCACUACUUAUGUGACGUGACCUGGGCAACCAAAGAAAGGAUUUCUUUGCAGUGGCUCCGGAGGACUCAGAACUAUGCAAUAAUAGAUAUUUGUGACUAUGAUGCGCCCACUAGCAAAUGGAAUUGCUCAGUGCCACGGCAACAUAUUGAAACGAGUGCUACUGGCUGGGUUGGAAGAUUUAAGCCUGCAGAGCCUCAUUUUACCGCUGAUGGGAAUAGCUUCUACAAGAUCAUGAGCAAUAGUGAGGGCUACAAACACAUUUGUUAUUUCCAAGUAGAUAACGAAUGCACAUUUAUUACAAACGGAACCUGGGAAGUCAUCAAGAUAGAAGCCCUCACCAACAAUUACCUAUACUACAUCAGUAAUGAAUAUAAAGGAAUGCCAGGAGGAAGAAAUCUUUAUAAAAUCCAACUUAAUAACAUCACGAACGUGGCAUGUCUGAGUUGUGAGCUGGAUCCAGAGAGGUGUCAGUACUAUUCGGCAUCAUUUAGUAAAGGGGCGAAGUACUAUCAGCUGAGAUGUUCAGGCCCUCAACUCCCUCGCUAUUCUCUGCAUAGCAGCAGCAAUGAUAAAGAACUGAGACUCCUGGAAAACAAUACAGCUUUGUAUGAAACACUGAAGAACAUCAAGAUGCCAAGAAAAACACUGGACGUCAUUCAUUUGCAUGGGAUGAAAUUUUGGUAUCAGAUGAUCUUGCCUCCUCAUUUUGAUAAAUCCAAGAAAUAUCCUCUACUAAUAGACGUGUAUGCAGGCCCCUGUAGUCAAAAAGCAGAUGCCACCUUCACGCUCAAUUGGGCUACUUACCUUGCAAGCACAGAAAAUAUUAUAGUAGCUAGCUUUGAUGGCAGAGGAAGUGGUUACCAAGGAGAUAAGAUCAUGCAUGCAAUCAACAGAAGACUCGGAACAUUUGAAGUUGAAGAUCAAAUUGAAGCAGCCAGACAAUUUUCAAAAAUGGGAUUUGUGGAUGACAAACGAAUUGCAAUUUGGGGCUGGUCAUAUGGAGGGUACGUAACCUCAAUGGUCCUGGGAGCAGGAAGUGGCGUGUUCAAGUGUGGGAUAGCCGUGGCACCUGUGUCAGCAUGGGAGUUCUAUGACUCAGUGUACACAGAACGCUACAUGGGUCUCCCAACUCCAGAAGACAACCUUGACCAUUACAAGAAUUCAACAGUCAUGAGCAGAGCUGAAAAUUUUAAACAAGUCGAGUACCUCCUUAUUCAUGGAACAGCAGAUGAUAACGUUCAUUUUCAGCAGUCAGCUCAGAUCACCAAAGCCCUAGUGGAUGCCGGCGUGGAUUUCCAGGCGAUGUGGUAUACUGACGAAGACCAUGGAAUCGCUUCCAACACAGCACACCAACAUAUAUAUACCCACAUGACCCACUUCCUAAAGCAAUGCUUCUCUUUACCGUAG